AUGGCUGCCAACGAGCAAAUGAGUAAAGUUCCUAGUCUGUUGGGCAGGCGACCACAGAAAAUUAUCGAAAAUCAUUUGUUUCGCCGACAAAGAAGCAUUAAACUGAGUGCCAAAGCAGCAUCGGUGGAUUAUGGUGAUGAGGAUGCUGGAAACGAUAAGACUUAUGUUGUACUGAUAUUUGGUGAAAAAGCCAAAUUAACUCAUUGUGAAGAUGUACGCAAGAUAAUACAUCAAUAUGAUAUUAAGACGACUCUGGAAGUCAUUAGCAAGGAGGAGAAAUACCUUUACCUAACAGCAUCCACCGAUACCCUCCUACGUUUGGCCGAUGAAGCAGAGCUAACAAAAAUGACCGUAACUGGUAGUAUGCAAAAAUUUAAUUAUCAUUCGAUAUCGGAUUUUCUAUUACCCGGUAUGACAGAAGAUGAUAUUGUGCGAUUUUGUGAAGCUCCAGUGCUCAUUAAAGAUGUUGUUAAGCCACAGUUAUUACCCUAUAUCCGUAAUGGUAUUGUUGAGGAAUUGUUUCCCUUGCAUGAUAUCGAAUAUUUGGAGAAAUUUGGUUUUGAUUGGCGUAGACGUACCCUGCCCAUUGAACAUAUACGCAAUUAUUUUGGUGCCAGCAUUGGCCUUUAUUUUGCCUUCAUUGAAUUCUAUACCAAGGCCUUGAUAUGGCCAGCCUUAUUUGGCGUUUGCCAGUAUUUGUGGAGUGUUAAUUUAUCGGCUGUUAUUGGUUUCUAUGUCAUAUGGUCAACGAUCUUUUUGGAAUUAUGGAAACGUCGUUGUGCCGGUUUGGCCUAUCGUUGGGGUACCAUUGAAAUGUCCAGUUUAGAUAAACCCCGCACCCGCUAUAAGGGCGAGGAGAAACUUGAUCCUAUCACAGGCAAAUUGACUCGCCAUUACCCUAUGCGUUAUACCUAUAUACAAAUGUAUUGUAUUUCAUAUCCGGUGGUAUUACUUUGUGUUGUGGCGGCAGCCUAUUUUGCUCUCUAUCAAUUUCAAAUUGAAGCUGAGGUAUUGGCAGAUUUUGGUCCCAAUUCAUGGUUGUUAUACGUCCCCGUUAUUAUACAAUCAAUACUCAUUGCAAUAUUCUCAUGGGCCUAUGAAAAAUUAGCCACCUUCCUAACGGAAUUGGAAAAUCAUCGAACCCGCCUGCAAUAUGAAAGGCAUCGUGUUAAUAAAUUGAUGAUAUUCGAAAUUGUUAACAAUUUCUUUUCGCUGUUCUACAUUGCUUUUAUUAUACAAGAUUUGAAACAGCUUAAUUAUCAGCUGAUGAUGCAGUUGCUGAUAUUUCAAAUUGUUUGCAUUGCCCAAGAGGUGGGCAUCCCUUUGUUGGCUGUCAUAAAACAAAAAUUUGCCAAACUAAUGCACAAAGAAUUGGAUGAAGAGAAAUUGUCGCUUGUCAGUGAUGUGUCACGCUAUGAGCAAUGUUUCUUUGAAGCCGGUUUAGAUCAAUAUCAAUCUACCUAUGAAGAUUAUCUCCAAAUGUGCAUACAAUUCGGUUAUGUUGUUCUAUUUGCUGCUGUUGCACCAUUUGCCGCCCUAGGAGCUUUGAUCAAUAAUGUCUUUGCCAUGCACAUUGAUUUGUUUAAGCUUUGUAACAUAUUUAAAAGACCAUUUGCUCGUCGCACAAAAAAUAUUGGCGCUUGGCAGUCGGCAUUUGAAUUGUUAUCUGUUAUGGCCAUUUUAAGCAAUUGUGGACUAUUGUAUUUACUGCCCAAUGUUAGAGCCUUCGUUGUCCAACAUUUCCCCUCGAUGCCAAAUUUAUCGUUUGUCCUUUUCGAACAUUUGUUGUUGGGUUUGAAAUUUGUGAUACACAAGGCAAUUCAUGAACGUCCGCGAUGGGUCCGCAUUGCCCUAAUGAAGGCUGACUAUGAAUCUAGUCAAGCUUACAAGAAUAUUAGGAAAUUUACUAGCAACAAAAAAGUUGAUUAA